UCCUCUGUCACUCAUCUCAUCUCUUGACCUCCCCUCCUCUGCAUAAGCAUUUCCGCAUUGAGCACCGUCGGGUGCACGCGGUAUCAUGGGCAACAUCUCAUCCAUGGCGCGGGCCUCGACCGCGCUGGACUCCUAUGUCUCGGAGUUGGGCAGCGACAUCUCGUACGAAAAGAGCUUGUCAUCGUCGCGCUUUCUCAAGUCCAUCGUCGCGCGGCACAAGAACGGACCGCUUGUGCUCAAGAUCUUCAUCAAGCCCGAUCCCUCCAUGACGCUGCGCGUGAUCCAGCGGCGCCUGAACAAGGAGCGCGAUGCAUUAUCAAACAUGCCAAACGUGUUGAUGUAUGCCACCUUCAUCGAGACGGAGAAGGCGGGCUAUCUCAUCCGACAAUGGGUCGGGUCGAGCUUGUAUGAUCGCCUCAGCACUCAGCCAUAUCUCACCGACAUAGAGAAGAAGUGGGUAGCGUUCCAGCUGCUCACAUGUCUGCGCGACGCGCGCAUCAAGAAGGUCGCCCAUGGCGAUAUCAAGUCGGACAAUGUCCUCAUCACUUCCGACCUCACUGUCCUUCUCACCGACUUCUCUUCGAGCUUCAAACCAACCCACCUUCCCCUCGACGACCCCUCAGACUUCUCCUUCUUCUUUGACACGUCGGCCCGACGCACCUGCUACAUUGCCCCCGAGCGCUUCUAUGAGUCUGACUCAGCGAUUGCGCAGGAGCGCGCGGCUGCAGCGCAGAGCCUCAAAGAGUCUGGCGACUCGGAGCCGCUGGGGAAGCGCGACGCACGCGUGACCGAGGAGAUGGAUGUCUUCUCCGCCGGUUGCGUGCUCGCGGAGACUUGGACGGAUGGGCGCACAGUCUUCAACCUGUCCGAGCUGUUUGCGUACCGCAACGGCUCGCUAGGGCUCGAAGGCAUACUGGAUAACCUUGAGGACGCUAAUGUCAAGGCGAUGAUCGCGCAGAUGCUGUCACGCGAGCCUACAGAUCGCCCUACAUUCGACCGCAUUCUGACAACGUAUCGCGGCACCAUCUUCCCGGAGUACUUCUACACUUUCCUGACAGACUACGUCUCCGAGCUCAACGAGCUGCCACCGUCGCAAGAUGCAGACUUCUUGCAGCGCUCCUCGAUUUUGCCAGGGGCUAAGAUUGAUCGGAUGCUUGAGCAGUGGGAGUCGAUCCGAGUGCAUCUGGAAGAUAAGAGCACAAACGACAAUGGGCCAGCCUUGCUGCUUCUGAACAUUGUGACCUCGUCCAUCCGCAACUCGCUCUCGCCGAGCUCACGACUUCAUGGCCUGCAGCUCUUCCUCAAGCUGUCCCCGUACUUGAUGGAUGAGGAUAAGGUCGACCGUAUCGUGCCAUUCGUUGUCGAGCUUCUAUCAGAUGAAGUUCCCAUCGUUAGAGCCGAGGCGUGUCGCACACUGGUCAUUGUCGUCGAGUCUAUCACGUCCAUCACACCUCACAACUCCACUUUUAUCCACGAGUAUCUCCUUCCGCAGAUGGCACGGCUUCUGCGAGACUCUGACAUCUUUGUACGCGCAACGUACGCAAGGGCGCUAGUGCACAUCGCAGAUGCGGCGGUGCGUAUGCUGGAACUCAGCGAGGCAGCCAAGCCCACAGACGUCGCAGACACACCACAGAAUCCCGAGUCGAGCUAUAGCGCCAUGCUGAACGAGAUUCGGUACGUCGUUGGUGAGCACGCUUCGAUCUUGCUGGUCGACAAUUCCAGCAACGUUAAGCGAAGCGUGCUGGCCGACAUUUCGGACUUGUGUCUGUUCUUUGGUCGACAGCGCUCCAGUGAAACGGUGCUAAGCCAUAUCAUGACCUACCUGAAUGAUCGUGAUUGGCAGCUCCGCCUCGCCUUCUUCGACGGCAUUGUCUCCGUCGGCGCCUUCAUCGGUAUCAGGGCCAUCGACGAAUACGUCCUACCCCUCAUGCUGCAGGCACUAGCAGAUCCGGAGGACGCCGUUGUCGCACGUGUCAUUCACUCCCUCACUCUGUUGACAUCGCUGGGACUGCUGCAGCGCAUGCGCCUUUGGGAUGUCUUUUCCGCUGUGCAUGGAUUCCUAUACCAUCCCAACAUUUGGACCCGCCAAGGCGCUGCUGGCUUCGUCGCUAAGGCUGCGAAUCACCUCCCCCCGUCAGACGUCUGGUGUAUCCUGUAUCCAACGAUUCGACCAGCUCUACGCUCCGACAUUGUCGCUCUCGAGGAGGACUCCAUCCUCAGCGCCCUGGUGCCACCAUUAUCGUACGCUACGCUUCAGGCUGCGAAAGCUGCAGCACUCCAGAAUUCGCCUCCUGGGUUCUGGAACCUAUCGGCUUCCCGCUCCAGCGCCAAGACCAGCUUGACCAAGGCCGCAACCAUGGGCUCCUCGGACUCCAUGCAAGGACUCUUGAAGGACAAAGGUAUUUCCCCCAAGGAUGAAAAGAGAAUCAUCGUUCUGAAAGACUUUAUCUUCAAGCAGGCACAUGCAGCCCGAGCGAGGCAAGCAUCUGGAGGGAGCACACCUCCAGAAGCCGAGCUCACCUCUGGCAAGGCGAUCUCCCUGACGGAAUUGGGAGUAACGCCGCAGACGGUAUUCAUCUCCCAACGCACGGUGGGCAUUGAUGCACGCCAUGAGUUGAGGCGCCUCCGACCUGACCUGGGCGGGGCAGACACGCCGAGUCGGCGAACCUCCUUUGCUAAUAAAAGUAACCGUGGAAGCGACAGUCCUCUUGACCAGAUUCGGCAACGCUUGUCGUCUCUUGAACCGCUGAGCCAGACUCUACCAGAACGGGAACGAGAGCGAGAUCGUCCUGCAGACGUGCCGAAGGUGGCCAGCCCUUCAGAGUCUGGAAUCUCAUCAACUGUAGAUGCGACUGGUACGAACAAAGCAUCUCGCCACGUGCGGGUCGACUCAAAAGCGCAGCCAGCCGUCAAGGCGACGACAGCGACCGUUCUUGGGACAACAUCACUGCACGAUGACCUUCCCUCAGGCCGGAGCACUCCAGCGAUAGGCACAGGGACACCAGCCCAUCGCCCACUGGCGCCAUAUGGCAGUACAUAUGAUGGUGCAGAUCCAGGUGUUCGUGCAUUCUUGGAGCACGUCGACCUGGAAAACUACCGAGAACCGCGAUUGGAUUUUGGCCCACGCGUUCAUCCCGGACAACGCAAGCGUGGACCACGGAUCAAGGCUUCGUCGCCUCAGUUCGCGACCAUGAUUGCUCACCUGCCGCAGCACAGUGGAGCAAUCACGGCUCUCGUUACGUCGCCAGAUCAGCUCUUCUUUGCUUCGGCGUCCGUGGACACGUGCGUUCUCGUAUGGGACAGUGCACGCCUUGAGCGGACGGUCGCAGCGCGUCCGCGGCUCACGUAUCGCAUGGACGCGGGUGUUACAGCGAUGUGCCGCAUCGAAGAGACACACUGUCUCGCUGCCGCAGCGUCCGAUCGUUCGCUUCAUAUCCUCCGCGUUCACGUGCACGCGUCCGGAUCCUCAGUUAAGUACAAGAGCAUCGAGUGCAUCCGUACCUGGGCAGCAGACGAGGAAGACGGGCACAUUACCCACAUCGCGCAUCUGCAUGAGUCGUCACUGCUGAUCAUCACAAGCAAGGGCGUCAUCGCGGUGUUAGACCUCCGAACAAUGGUGCUCAAACAGCGGCUACAGCACCCCCUUCAGCUUGGACCCAUUACUGCCAUCUGCCCGACUACACAUUGGAUCAUGGUCGGCACGGUGACAGGCGCGCUGAGCUUAUGGGAUCUGCGGUUUGGCCUGCUCGUAAAGAGCUGGUCCUCACGAGGCGGGAUCACGUCUUUAGCAUUGCAUCCAGCUCGUGGUCGUGGGCGGUGGAUCAUGGCGUCCAUCAAGCGUAACGCCGACGAUCCCAUGGGAGCUGAAACGCCGCUCGUUGAGACGUACGGCAUCGAAACAGGCAAGUUGGUUGAGGAGUACGAAACACGCACCUCUCGGCCUCAGGCCGGCACCCGGGCGCCCGCUCUCGGUCGAGAUGUGUUGCAGACAAAGUCCGAGCUUAUCGCGGAACUGGCCGGCGGACGUGGUGGGCUGCCUUCCACCUCCGGCGACGAUCUGCCUUCCGUGGAGGCUCUGCUCGUCGGCGAGACAUUUUCAUCUCUUUCGCCCGUCGUCAGGGACAAAGACGACCCGACCGCACAGGACAAAAUACGCCCUGGUUGGAUGGUGACCGCCGGAACAGAUCGUGUCAUUAGGUACUGGGAUGUCGCGCGCCCGAGUGAAGGCUUUGUUGUGUGUGGUAGCCAGCGCGAGAAGGACGUCUCGUUCCGAAUCGCCAGUGGGACCCCGCAGCUCUUCUAUACUCUGCCUGUAGCGCGUCCGCUCGCGUCGGCAUCGUCUUCGGUCGCGGGAGGAUCCUCGGCAUUGGAUCGAGCCCAGCACGCGGUCAACACACAGCGGCAACCUUUGCGGCCACACUAUGAUUCAAUCUGCGCGCUGGGGCUGGUCGAGACGCCCUACUCGAGCUGUAUCAUUUCCGCCGACCGAUCUGGGGUAAUCAAGGUAUGGAGGAUGGAGGCGGCCCCAAUCCGCCGUGAGGGGUAGAUGGCGUGCGGCGAAGCCGCCGCCCGCUGCGGAGGAUGUGUUGAUUGGCAGCUUUAGGGAUGCAGACCAUGCACCCGACAUAUGCGCAGCCGCCCGCCCGC